UAUAUUGACACUUGGUGAACGUCUGGUGAAACAAGCUUUUCGAUCAGCGUCACGAUGAGUAUGCAGCUCCCUAUAUAAAUACACGCGGCCGCCAGUGCAGCCACUGAACGACAUUCAACAUGUUUACGUUGCGCACAUCAGAACUCGACUGAGAGUGACCAAUCACUAUCAAUCGCAUGCCUUUUUACAUUGGAACAUGGGAAGAUUUUCGAUAGUGGAGUUCGAAGAUGGAAUCCAACUUAUUCCCACGUCUUGGAUAUUUAGCGAUAAUAAAAAAUGUUAUUGGCCAUAUUACAAAAAACAAGAAAAAAUAAAUCAAGCUAUUUUUAAUGAAGAAUAUCCGGACAAUGACAAAUGGUCAUCAUAUGAUAUAUUACGAAUUUUUGGCAGCAGAUACAUAUACAAACGACAUGCGAAAACUGAAAUUGACUGAACAAAUUUCUGAUAUUGAGUCUGGGAAAGAUGAUAUUGACAAAAAAAUGUGUAGACAUAAUCGGGAAAAAAGAAGAUUCACUUCUAGUUCUGAGGAGGAAGAUUUUGAAAAUGAAGCUACUGAAGAGGAAGAUUCUGAAGAGAAAUCACGUACAACUCAAGAAAUCUGUAAAAAAAAACCCAGUAAAAUUCCGCCUUUGCCCACAUUAUCAAUUGUAAAACAGACACAGACGCUACCAGAAAAGAAAAAAAAGAUAUUUCACAAUCAAACAAGCAAUACUGAUAUUAAUUCAUCAUUAUAUAAUUUUAAUAAAUAUAGUACGAAGGAAUCUUCCAGUAGCGUGCAAUCUGAUAUUUCAUGUACGGGCAAACAAUCUACAUCAUCAUGUAAAACAGAUUUUCAAACAGAAAUACUUCGCAAACUGAACAUUAUUAUUCAUCAAGUAAAAAUGGUGGACAAGAGACUGGAGAUUCACGAAGAGCAAUGUCGUUUCAGCCUUGACAGACGUGAAGAUGAUAUUCUUCAAGAUGAAGAAAUAGGAUUACCUUUGCAUAAUGAAUUGGCAUUGGAUAUUUUAGAAACAAAAUUGAAGAACAAAGAAUUUUUUGAAAGCAUAGUAUAUACAUUAAAAGGCUUGGGAGGUUUCGAUGUGCAUUCUUGCACGAUUAAUUUAUUGAAAAAGUUGAUAACUAAUCCCUUGGCUGAAAUGUACAGCAUGGCUGGAGCAAAAAAGAAAAAGGCUUUUCAAGAUUUGAUUUUGUAUAAAAUCAUACUUAAAACUGUCCGCGUUCAUUAUAAAGAUACGACUGAGACGGAGAUUGCCCAAAUUAUCGCAAAAUGGCUAGUACAAGCCAAAGCUCGUCGCGAGAGAAAAAAAUGUCGAUAUAUUGAAGAAAACAGCGACCUCGUCAUCAUCACAUAACUCAU